AUGGAUUCAAUCCCGAUAUCCCAUAUCUACUAUCCACCUGGGAUAUCCCUACCGCAUUACACACCCAAUGAAAGCAGCGUGCUGUCACUAAUCACUCGAUUUGGUCUGCAAUGGUUAUUCGUUCUCUGCGCCUCAUUCUUCUUCAUUGGUCGUCUACGGCCGACUGUGUGCUUGUCGGAUCGGAUUGCGUUUACUUGGAUGUGUUUGACGGGAUUCAUCCACCUCUUCUUCGAGGCCCACUUCGUCAUAAACCACAAAUCACUGGCUGGCGGCCAAUCCCUCUUCUCGCAAUUAUGGAAGGAAUACUCGCUUUCUGAUUCGCGCUAUUUGACUUCGGAUGCUUUUUUGAUUUCUAUGGAGGCUGUUACGGCGUUCGCAUGGGGUCCUCUAGCAUUUAUAAUAGCAUACUGCAUCGCCGUCCAACAUCCAAUCCGACAUGCUUUGCAGAUUAUCAUCUCGACUGGUCAGGUUUACGGUGACGUGCUUUACUAUGCUACCAGCCUGCUGGAUGAAUCGUAUUGUCGGCCUGAGGGGUAUUACUUCUGGUUUUAUUAUUUCUUUUUUAAUUUUAUUUGGAUGGUUGUUGGUUGUUAUUAUGUUAAGGAUAGUGUUGUUGAGAUUUGGGGUGGGUUUGAGAGGCUUCAGAACCUUGAGCUUGAGAGGAAGAGGAAGGAGUGA